AUGCAUCUGUGUUGGAAAUUUGUUUGGGAAGAUUUCGGGUUUUGGAAUUCUACUUUCAAGAAGUCGCCGGUCUUAUUGCAUUUAUCCGAUCGUAGACACGAUUUGAACGGCACCAAUAUGAACGUUGGGUUUUUAUUCGAUGACAAUGACACGUGGAACCAUCUGGAAGAUUACAAAUAUCCGAGGAUAGACACGUUCACCAAACAAAAUUACUUAACCAUAAAGGCUUUGAUGGAGUACUGCAACAUCAACAUGACAAUUGUCUCGGCAGAUGUCUGGGGUUAUUACAACGCGACCACGAAGAACUGGAACGGUUUAGUUGAGAAAGUCAGAAGCAAUGAGGUGCAGAUAUCUGGAUCGUCGCCCUUCUUCACUGCGCAACGCUUCCAAGUGGUGGAUUACAUCAAAAUGCAGAACCCUUUGACCAUACAAUUCGUCAUGAAAAGACCACCAGUUUCUUCGGUUUACAACCUCUUCACGUUACCGUUCAAUGCGAACGUUUGGAGAUGCUUGGGCAUCACCAUAUUGAUUUUCGUUGUUGCAAUCUACAUAACUUACAACUGGGAAUCGAGAACUAAUAUCAAUUUUUCGCAGAAAGGCAGUUUCUCAUUCUCCGAUGUGAUUGUGGUAAUCUCCGAAGUUAUGUGUCAGCAAGGGACUUUAACUGUGCCCGAAUCCACGCCGAGCCGCAUCUUAGUCAUCUUCCUCUUUACAUCUUUCAUGUUCAUUUACUCUUCCUACUCCGCUUACAUCACUGUUGUUCUGCAAUCCACCUUCAAGAUCACCUCGUACCAUACUCUCAUCCACUCUCAGAUGAAGGUGGGUGCGAUGAACACUACUUACAUGCCUUACUACGUGUCCCAAUCCGAGUCGAAGAUUGAGGCCCAGCUGUAUAAGAAAAAAAUUGGACCAAAAGGAUUCUACUCGCUCGAAGAAGGCAUGAAGAAGGUGCAGAGUGGAUUCUUUGCGUUUCAUUGCGAGAUUGCCGCCGCUUUCGACUACAUUUCAAAGGAAUUCACCGAACACGAAACCUGUCGCAUUCAAACUCUAUAUGGAUAUACUGAACACAUGCAAGGAUACACUAUGGUUCCCAAAAACUCUGCAUACAAGAAGAUCUUCAAAGUUGGGUUGAUGAGGAUCGAAGAGUACGGAAUUCAAAAACGAAAUUACUACCGAUAUUUUCGCACGCCGAAAUGUUACGUUCACGGUGGAGAAUUCCAGAGCGUCGGUCUUCUGGAAACCUUCAACGCUUUCAUGUUGUUAAUCGGAGGAUGCUCUAUCUCUUUUGUCCUCUGGAUGGUGGAAGUCGCUAGAUACAGAAGAGCAAAUCGCAAAGCUAAUCAAGAAUCGAUGAAACCAAAGAGCACGAAAGGCGAGAAAAAUGAUCCGCAAGUUUCAGAAUCGCCAGAAGUAAUUGAUUUUGAGUAG